UUUUUUUUUUUUUGUGAGCCCAGAACUCAUGUAAAUAUUUUAUGUUUUCUGUUUUAGUGAAAUAGUGUAUUUAACCAAAUUCUCUGGUGUGUUUUAGAAUUGUAAGGAAACUUCUGAAGUGGGACUCUUUUGGAACUGGGGUGCUAGGGUGCAAAGAACUCAAUGCUGGGAGGAGUAAGCAAGAGAGAUGAGAUCAUACCAGCUGGCUCUACAAAGAGUGGAGGAGCUGGUACCUUGACUCGUUAUGAUAGAAGAUGUCAGAAUUUCACCCUGGUUGAAGACUGUCUAGAGGAGCUGACUGCGGAGUCCUGUGGAUACUGAAGCUCAAAACGGGAUAUUGAUCUCUUCAUGAUGCUUGGACACCUUUCACUACCAACAGGAUUUUCAAAGGAAAUUCAGCAUGGCCUAGUGGGUUGACCUUUGGAAACUUUAUAAUGUCCUCUGGAACUAGUAUCAGAAAAAAUCAGCAGGGUCUGAGCCUGCAGGGGGUUGACCCGGAAACCUGUAUGAUAGUGUUUACAACACACUGGGCACAGGUUCUAAAAAUCUUAGAGAAACAUGAUCCUUUGAAAAAUACUCAGGCCAAGUAUGGUGCAGUUUCACCUGAUGAAGCCAGCACUGUUCAGAAUUACGUGGAGCACAUGCUUUUCUUACUCAUUGAGGAGCAAGCAAAGGAUGCUUCCAUGGGACCCAUUCUAGAGUUUGUGGUCUCAGAAAACAUAAUGGAGAAGCUUUUUCUUUGGAGCCUGCGGCGGGAGUUCACUGAUGAGACAAAAAUUGAGCAACUCAAAAUGUAUGAAAUGCUGGUAACCCAGUCUCAUCAGCCUUUGCUACAUCACAAGCCCAUCUUGAAGCCUUUGAUGAUGUUGCUGAGUUCCUGCUCAGGAACAGCUACUCCAACAGUGGAAACAGAGCUAGUUGUCCUCCUGAAUCAGCUCUGUUCUAUAAUAGCCAAAGAUCCUUCCAUUCUAGAACUGUUUUUCCACACCAGUGAGGACCAAGGAGCUGCCAAUUUCCUCAUAUUUUCCCUUCUGAUUCCCUUCAUUCAUCGAGAAGGAAGAGUAGGCCAACAGGCUCGUGAUGCACUGCUCUUCAUUAUGUCCCUGUCAGCAGAAAACAACGUUGUUGCAAACCACAUAGCAGAAAACACUUAUUUUUGCCCAGUGCUGGCAACAGGGCUAAGUGGCCUCUAUUCAUCUUUGCCUACCAAGUUGGAAGAAAAAGGAGAAGAGUGGCACUGCCUGCUGAAAGAUGACUGGCUCUUGUCACCUGCCCUUGUGCAAUUCAUGAAUUCUCUUGAAUUUUGCAAUGCUGUGAUACAGGUGGCGCAUCCCUUGAUACGUAACCAGCUGGUGAAUUACAUUUACAAUGGAUUUUUAGUGCCAGUAAUGGCUCCUGCACUCCAUAAGGUGACAGUGGAAGAAGUGAUGGCCACUACUGCGUAUCUGGAUCUCUUUCUGCGUAGCGUUUCAGAGCCAGCCCUCCUUAAGAUUUUUCUCCGUUUUAUUCUGCUGCACCGACAUGAGAACGUGCACAUCCUAGAUACACUUACUAGCCGAAUCAACACGCCAUUCCGGCUCUGUGUGGUCUCCUUAGCAUUGUUCAGAACGCUCAUUGGCUUGCACUGUGAAGAUGUGAUGUUGCAGCUAGUUUUAAGGUAUCUGAUCCCAUGUAACCACAUGAUGUUGAGCCAGCGAAGGGCUGUGAAAGAGAGAGAUUGUUACUCCGUAUCUGCUGCAAAACUGCUUGCCCUGACACCGGUCUGCUGCUCCACUGGGAUCACCUUGGCUCUAGAAAGCCAAGGAAAAGAUUAUAUUCUCUGGACAAAAGCAGCUCAAACUAAAGGUUCUGUUAGAGGCAUUUCUGAAUCUGCCUGCAUCGUGGAAUUUGGAAGAGCUGUGGAUAUCAGCUACCUCCAGUACCUGGGAGAAGCUCAAGAAGCCAUCCUCCAGUGUCUGAAAGAUUGUAAGGUCUGGUCUGCUUUAUACGAUGGAGUAAAUCCUGAUCCCGAGACCUUUAUCCAAGCGCUUGCUGAGGAGAACACUACAGAUGUGGAACACCCCAUGUUUCGUCUCCAGCAAAGGACACCCAGCUUGUGUAGCUCCUCUCAAACAGCACCAGCGGGCGAGAAGAUGCAGCUGGAGCUGGAAUGGGAUGAUAGCUACGACACAGGGAUUUCUCCUGGCUCUGAUGUGAGCUCACUCCAGCAGUAUGAUGAUCUGGGAAAUACAGAGACGCAGAUGCCCGCAGUGCCACCGAAACAUAUUCAGGAGAUGAAAAAAAAUGCUAUCAUGCUUGUCAAAGGUUCUUACAUAGAGGAUUCAGACUUUCAGGAUGAUGUUAUGGUUUACAGAUUAUGUGCCCAGAAGGAUAUACAGGAUGAUGACAACUCCAAGGAGAAAACUUCAAAUGCGUCCAGAGAACAUCAGGUCCAAAGCCAGACUGUUGUCAAUGGGCCUCUCUCUAACAGCCAGCUGGAAGUGGGCGUGGAUGAGCAGAGUGAAAAAAAAUCAAGCUUGACUCCAAGUGUAACGAAAGAACAAAUAAACCAGAAAAUGGUGGAGACUGAUCCACAGCCUGACUUAGAGUUGAAGCUUCAGGAGGCAGAUAAUUGCUUAAGCUCACAAAUGCUGAGCACAGAUGGUGAGGAUUUCAUUGCACAGUAUGACAAAAUUAUUAAGGAACUGGAUCCAAACAAUGCAAGCGUGGAAGAGCAAAAGGUAGACACUCCAGACCCCGUGUCUCCUGCAGAAGAGGAGGAGGACUUUGAGAAUUUCUCAGCAGAUACCCCUUCUGCAGAGAGCACAUCAUCUCCCUUUGGACCAAAGGAGGAUGCAUCUCCCAAGCGCGCUGCGAGGAGUCAGAGUGCUCCAUUCACAGGACCAUUUAUCAGCGUGGUGUUGUCCAAGCUGGAGAACAUGCUGGAGAACUCCUUGCAUGUGAAUUUGCUGCUUAUUGGGAUUAUUACUCAGCUAGCAAGUUACCCCCAGCCUCUUCUUCGCUCCUUUCUGCUCAACACCAACAUGGUGUUUCAGCCCAGCGUACGGUCACUUUAUCAGGUGCUGGCAUCUGUGAAAAAUAAAAUUGAACAUUUCGCUUCUAUGGAAAAAGACUUCCCAGAUCUUCUCCUGGAGGCCCAACAGUACUUAGUUUUUCGUGUGGACAUGUCUGAUGCCGCUGAAGAACUGCUAACCAAAGGUAACGUCCUGCAUGGCAGCAGCGUGGGGAGAGGAAGGAGCCUCUCAGAAGCCCCCCCAGCCAUGCUCCAGCCUUUCCUGGGACACAAGGGAAAGAGGAGCCUGGCUCACCCCAGCCUUCCCGUGCACGUGAGGAAUGCUGUGCUCGCAGCUGCCCUUUUCCCAGAGUUCCUGAAGGAGCUGGCAGCUCUUGCACAGGAACACUCCAUUUUAUAUUACAAAGUACCGGGGGACUUUGAGGAUUAUUAUUAGUGGGUUUUUCUAAAGUAGGUUGGUUUAUUUUUUUGAAGAAAGAAAACUGUCAGAGUUUGAACUGAUUAUUUUUUACUAGUGCAAAGCUGCUUACGAAAGAAAGUUCUACUUCACUAUUUCCUGAAAAUACUUGAUUUGAGAGGGAAGGAAGAGGCAGGAUGCUAUUCCGCAUUACUUUAUAUUGGGCCUUACAACUUUCCUCUGUGCUACAUGACUUAUUUGAGAGAUUUCUCACAUUGCUGUUAGAGCAGCUCCCUGAGCUCACCUCCUUGUUACACAGGUGCCCCUCUUUACUGCCACUGUCUCCUGUUGAAUUUUCAGGCACUUAAAUAAGGUGGACUAAGAGGGGGCAAAUGUUCCAGCUUUUUUUACUUCAGAAAUACUCCUCUCAAAAGCCUGUUGUUAGAACACAGUUGGUCUGGAAAAGCACUGCCGCAGGGAGAAAGUUUGGGGAAAAGAAACGCGUGCAAAAUGUGCACAAAACCCUUUUCUGUGAAGGGCUGUGCUUCUCCGUGGCUUUGUCCUCCUCCCUGCUCCCCUUCCCUGGGACGAGGAUCAUGCCAGCACACCACUGAGAAGCCCUCCUUAGCCAGUAGCUCAGGUUUGUGAAUUCAAGUGAUCUUAUGUGUGUUAAACCCAUGACUAGCUGCAAGCAGGUGCUGGGCUCUACACAUACCGCAUUGCCUUAUGUUGCAGACAGAUCUGCGGCUAUCAGCUGUUGGUCUUUGAAGUCAGAUGAACUGUGUAAGUGGAUGUGGACUGCAGACUGCCUGGAAUUUUCCUUGCAGUUUCUCAGCGUUCUUUAAUAUCUACUGCACUGCUACCUAAACUCUCAAGCAUGCCUUAUUUAGUAAGAUUUGCACAAAGUACAAAACAAAGUGUGUCUAUGCAAAUGGUAAUUAAUUUGUUGUUUGUUUUUAUGCUUAUUUUAAUAAGCUAAGGAACAGCAUUCAGUUUCUUUCAGUAGUAUUAAAAGGACAGCAGGCUGUUUUUGUCAAUCAUUUCUUCCCCCCAUAUUUUAAGGGAAAACGUUUGCACUCUCCUGAAAGCUGUUCUCUCUUACUGCUCUUUUGUGGGGGGGUUAUGGGGAGAAGUUGAAUACUGUUUGUUUACUUUUCAUUUAGGGGUUGACUUUUCCUAGUAUUGCACUUUUGGGAUAGUGAGGGGAGGAGCGGGCUAUUCACCAGCUGCAGAAUAGGAAGCAGCAAUAGGGAGAGCUGUCUGCUAGUGACUAACUGCUUGAGAAAAUUCUCGUCUCUGAGUAAUGGGCUUCAUUAGAAGAACCCAAGCAUGAUGAAUUGGUGCAUCACUACUGCAUUUCGUCUUAUCUUAGUAGCAUAAUUGUGCUUCCAGGGUGCUGUGGUUGGCUCCAUAAAGAGGAGUUUCAUUCAAGAAAGCCUUACAUCCACUUCUUCCAGGAAAAAAAUUUGACAGCCACUCCAGGAAAUUUAAAGAAAUGGAAAUAAAAAAUAACAUUUGUGUGAAUAAAUUCUGCUGACUGUAAUUCCAUUAUUCUGGAAAACUCCAAAAUCACAUCCCAAUUUUCAAAUAUGCUUUCUCAGAGAUAGCAAGGGAGAAGCUUAGGAUCUAAAGUAUACUUAGUUGAAGAACAAAACACAUUAAGAAACAAAAAACAGCAAAAACACCCCCAGAAGAGUCCAAUUAAUUACAGGUCAGUUCUUGUGGACCCUGCAGUGCAAUUUGAACUCCGAAAGUCUUUCGAUGCCUCUGAAAAAUGCUACCUUUCAUGUGCAAGCUGUGAGAAGCAUUCAUUGUCGGACUGCUGUAGGCUAUUCCAGGGAAGAAAAUCCCUAAGUGUACCUCUAACAAGAUCACCUCAACAACUUCUCUGGAUCUGCUUCCACUUGUUUGCUGUACAGUCAUCACGUCCACCAUGGUGGAAGGGUCACACUGCUUCUCAACUGACACUAGUGUGCUUGCACUUAUAACUUGAUGGCUUUGUUAUUUUGCGUGUGUGGUUUUUUUUUCCUUUUUAAACAGCAUUGCAUCACCAUCCUGUAAGUCACCUCUGACCUUCACAUGACUAUUUCGCCUCACAAGCUUCCUUGCAAGCUGGAGCCAGAGCUGUGGGGUUUUUUUUCUUGAAUCUUGGUUAUCCAUGUUCAGGAGAGCUCUUUUUUCUUUCUUUUUCCUUUUUUUAUUUUUUUCCUACGAUGCUGUUAUAGACAAGAUAUAACUCAUAAAUACUUCACUGCAUCCAGACAAAAUCAUGGGUCCUUCCCCUACUCUCACUUCUACCCACAUGCAUUGCUGUCCUUCACGCUGGACUCAUCAACCUACUGAAGGGGUUCAGUGGCAUUGUAUGUGGAAAGUGUUCUGGCACUGUGAGUGUAGAGCCAGGGUGUGCUGCACUCCUCUCCUGCUGGGUACUUUGUGAGCAAAAGCAAAAGCAGUGAAUCUGUGUGAUAAGCUAACUUCUAGCAGUUCAGAAUCAACCGCUAAAUUGCAGUAGUAAUCAUAUGUGUUUUUUAAAGAAAUCUUUUAUUUAUUAAAAAGAAAAAAAAAAAAGGAAAAAAAGAAUUCUGCAGACUAUUGCUUAAGGCAGUAAGCUUACUAUGUGAACCAUUUUGUUUCUAUUCUGAAAUAAAAAUCUUUGUUUGCUGA